AGCCAUUUUGGCUCAAGCUCGCGCGCGCCUUCACUGCUCUGCGCGGGGCGGCUCUCCCUGCAGGGGUCUUUUUUCCUGCGCCGGCCGCAGAAGGAGGCCUCCAUGGCGCGCAUCCUGACGGUCGGGUGCUGGCUGGCCGGGGUGCUGCUGCCGUCCGCGGAAGGUUCCGCCGACAACCAGACUUGCGUGGCGAGGUGUGCCGAGGAGGUGUCGAUCGCCACUGGCAUUUCAGACGAGAGGUACCUGUCAACUUUCCUCCUCGGGAUCGAGGGCAUAUACGAGGGAGUGACGGUGCGGCUGCAAAUUGCGGAUUUCCAGGAGACGUUCAUGAAGCAGUCGUUGAUCGAUUUCUGUUCUGUGACAGGAUGCACGCCGGACUUUCAAGUUACGAACAAUGCCAAUUGGCACGAUGACGUCGAACAGGACCUCAAGUAUGCCAAGAUGUGCGACGGGUACAUAUUCUUCGGUGCAUGGAUGCCCGAGUUUGCCUCGCAAGGUUUGAUCGAACCACUCACGGACCGAGUCAGGAACCAGCCUUCCAUUGGCUGGCUCGACAUCUACCCGUCGGUUCGCGAGAAUAGCGCUACAUUCAAGAACGAUAUCUACAUGGUCCCACUCGAUGGUGAUGUCAUCCAAGCCAUCUACCGCAUCGAUUUGCUCGAGGCGUACGGGAUCCCACAUCCGCAAACGUUCACAGAAUUGGCAGAUGCAGCCGAACUGCUCCACAACAAGGACCAUAACGGAGAUGGCGAGCUAGAUUUUGGGAUUUGCGUUUCGACCAAGGUAGCUGACAUCGCUGGUCAGCUCUUCUGGGCUGCCAUGGCGCCCUUCUUGCAGACGCAGGGAACAGAAGAGGGUGUCUUCUUCGACCCAGGCACCAUGGCUCCUAAGAUGCAUGACUCCAUCUUCGGCGUCGCCAUGGAGAUCUACAAGCGCCUGGUCCUCGCGAGCCCCUUCGCGUCGUUAGGCGAGACGGACUGGCAGACGCUGAACUCGUACUUUGACGAGGGUCGCUGCGCCUUCACGAUCAACUUCCCUGGCCCAGUCAAGAUGAUCAUCGCCAACCAGGGUGCAGCCACUGCCUACAAUCUGACUGGGAAGCUCAGCGUCGUCAAACUGCCUGGCGUCGCGUGCGAGGACUUCGGCCUGAACUGCUUGCACGCCCAGAACGGGGUGAACUACGCCCCUUUCUACGCUGGGGGUGGCGCUGCUGGACAGAUCAGAGCCUCAACGGACGGCAACAAGAAAGAUGCCAUGUUCGAUUAUUUUAAAUGGAUGUCUGACCCAGAGAUCGGGUACUUGAUCGUAUCGAACCCGGGUACUUUACUAGACCCCUUCAGGUUCAGCCAUGUCGAAGCCCUGGCACUCUCAGGUUCGAACGAGAAGAAGCAAGCAUUCUUGGACCAGGGCUGGGAGGAACGGCAGCUGCAACCUCUGAAGGAAUUGGUCGAAGACGUCUUCAGCUCGCCAAACGCCGCGCUUGACAUACGCAUUCCAGGCGGUGCUGAGUAUACAGAGUCGGAGACCGUCAAGUACCUGGUCGAGUAUUGGAAAGGCGCCAGCUCGCUGGCGGACACGACGGCCAGGAUGGUCGCGGGUUGGAACGCGGUCACCAACAAGUAUGGCUUGGAGAGCCAGCGGGACUAUUACCGUGCGAGCCUGGGCCUUGCCCCGUACGAGCCGCCAGAGGAUCAGUCCGCUGAGAACGUGGCUGCCAUCGUGCUGCUCACGGUCGGCGUCGUCGUCGGCUCGCUGCUGGUGCUGGGCGCCGUCGCCCACGCGGCCAGGCGCGUCGCCCGGGCCCUGCGCGCCGAGCGGGAGCAGCGCGAGCAGGGCGAGCGGCACGCCAAGGAUGAGUUUGCGAAGCUGAUGCAGCUUGGGUGCAACAUGGUGCUCAUCUCCUUUCGUGACUUUGUGGAAGGUGGGGCUCUCAUACAGUACGAGGAGGCCCGAGAGCGUGGGCUGCACAUCAAUUUCGAUACCUACGAUCGAGCCCGGCUCUUCUGCAACGAGAACGCCGUCGUCUUCUUGUCCCACCAGUGGUUGGGCACGCAGAGGCCAGAUCCACAGAACGUUCAUUUCAACCAGGCGUGCGCCAUGUGCGAGCAGUUGAUCGAACGCAACGGGCUCGAGCACGACAGCACGUACAUCUGGGUUGACUACACGUGCAUCCCGCAGGACAACAAGACGAUGCAACGUCUGGCGAUUGGCUCCAUCCAGGUCUACGCGACCCUUCCCCGGUUCUUCGUCUGCCUGACGCCAGAGGCAGGCCACGAGAUGGGCCACGUGUGCUCGUCGAAGACGUACUUCCAGCGUGGCAGGUGCCGCCUCGAGCAGUGGGCGCGCGUCAGCGUCGGUGGCCUGAGCGGCAUGUACUCCUACGACGGACAGAGCCUGCGCGAGUUCGCGACCGACCCUGUAAGCCUGGCUUCCAACGAGAGUUGGCUCGACCUCGCGAUACGGGUCUGCCUCGGAGACUUCACCGAUCCCGAGGACAGACAUCGCCUCAAAGGCGUCAUCUGUUCUCUCUGGAUGUAUGCCGUGCUCACCAAGGACAGAGAUGAUACGGUCUACACUGCUGUGGAGCGCCAGAAGAAGGACGUGUUCCCACCAGAGUAUUUUGGCAAGGGUUUCAUUGAUAUUGCCGAGUCCGUCUGCUCGAGCCUCAAAACGACCCAGUGGGAAGAGUUGUUCCGCCAUUCCAUCGAUCCCACUGGAUCUAAUAGUGUCCGCACGGCCCGCUCGGUCCGCUCGACCCUGAUAGCUGCCCACGAUUACAAAUGUUCUGACGAUACCAACUUGCAGUCAAUCUAGGCAUCUCAAUGAGGCAUCGAAAGUCUGCGUGCGUUGGCAGAUGUUUGCUGACAAUCUCACGUGCGCGCCAUGCUUCUCGCGCACUUAGGUUCUGGCCGCGCCCAAGGAGGUGGGGGGGGGGCACAGAACCGCCGAGGAAUGCCGAGGCCAGCCUCGCCGGUGCAGAUCUGCUCCCACUGCGUUCCCACCACCGUCCCCACUGUCCCCACCAGUCCCAACUGUCCCGUUACAUUCCCUCUUUUUCUCAGGGUUGCAUUGGUCUUGGCGCAUUCUUGCAGUCUCCCUCAUUGUAGGGUCGUUCUAGUAGUAUUUGUUUUGCCCAAGCGCCGUGCCAAGAGCUGGCACAUGGGUUGGUUCCGUGCUGCGCGCUGGGCCAGAACAGGCGCCCACGCCCGCAUCCACAGUCUUGGAGUUUGAAUGUCGGGGGGGCAUGUGCUUGCUAGGAUGCUUGCCACAAGCACUGCACCCAAGGUUGUGCACGCCGCCCCUGAGCACAAGACGUGUUUCGCAUCACUCGCAGGGCCAUUUUUUUUGCAGCUCGAUCUGUUUGCUCUCUCUCUCUCUCUCUUCCCCCCUCCCUGCCACACUCUCUCUUUGCAGCUGAGCUCUGAAGGGACACGCUGCCCGCCACCUAUUUUGACGCGUACGUGCGGGAUCUGAGCGUAAUUCGAGAUCCUGCUAGUCGCGCUGGAAUCUGGAAUGUGUCCACGCCCAACAGUUCUGAGCACACAUGUUUCCCCUCCAUGUUAUGGUAUUGGGUCCUCGAUUUGGAGAAAA